AUGUUGCACAAGCUGGGCGGCCAGCCCGAGAGCUACGAGAAAAAAUCGAAAUACAAGUUUGGCAGGACUCUAGGUGCCGGAACCUAUGGCGUCGUCCGUGAGGCCGACGGCCCCAACGGCAAGGUCGCCAUCAAGAUCAUUCUCAAGAAGAAUGUAAAGGGCAACGAAAAGAUGGUCUAUGAUGAGCUUGAAAUGCUCCAACGACUUAAGCAUCCGCACAUUGUCAAAUUUGUCGACUGGUUCGAGUCAAAGGACAAGUUCUACAUUGUCACCCAGCUUGCGACCGGCGGCGAGCUGUUUGACCGCAUCUGCGACCAGGGCAGAUUCACAGAAAAGGACGCGUCCCAGACGAUCAAGCAAGUCCUCACAGCUGUCGACUACCUGCACAGCAACCAGGUCGUCCAUCGAGAUCUGAAACCCGAGAACCUGUUGUAUGUUACUAGGGGUCCCGCUUCUGACCUGGUUCUCGCCGAUUUUGGCAUCGCAAAGACACUCGAUAGCAAGGAGGAGACUCUACAGACCAUGGCCGGCUCAUUUGGCUACGCCGCCCCCGAAGUCAUGAACAGAGAGGGCCAUGGAAAACCCGUCGACAUGUGGUCCAUGGGCGUCAUCACGUAUACGCUUCUCUGCGGCUACUCGCCUUUCCGCAGCGAGAACCUUGCCGAACUGCUCGAGGAGUGCACCCAGCACUCAGUUAUUUUCCACGAGAGAUACUGGAAGGAUGUCAGCGAAGAUGCCAAGGAUUUUAUCCGAUGCCUCAUUGUCCCCAACCCCGACCAGCGAGCCACUAGCCAGGAAGCCUUGAGACACAUUUGGCUGAGCGGCGAGAACGCCACCGAGCACGACUUGCUUCCCGAGCUGCGCCGCGCCAAGGAGGCGCGCGCCAAGCUCAGGAAGGCCAUCCUCGCCAUCCAGCUGCAAAAGCGCAUCGUCCGCCUCCGCCAGGAGGCCGACGAAGACGACGACGACAACGACCUGCAAGACGCCGCGCAAAACGUGGAGAGCACCGGCCUCGCCAAGGCCUUCUCCGGCAUCAGCGUGUCCAGCAGCGGCAGCGGCAGCAGCGGCGAGACCAAGAAGCCCUCGCUCAAGGACACCGUCAGGAGCGGCGCCGUUUUUCGCGAGGUCGUCCUCGCCAAGGUCCGCGAGGAAAAGGCCAAGAAGGAGGCCGCCCUUCAGACGGACGAGGAUCUCGUGCAGGAGGCACGCCGCCGUAGCUUCAACACGCAACACUCGUGA